AUGGCUCGGACAAAACAAACUGCUCGUAAAUCAACAGGCGGGGUCGCUCCUCGGAGACAGCUCCCUGGGAGCAGCAAUCUCCUGGCACUUUACUACAACUAUGGAAGACGCCGAACACGCCAACAAAAGAUCCCAACAGAUCCUGUGACUCCCAAAACCAUAACAACUUUCACUAUAGCAAAUAGUUCAGUCGCUCAAAGAACGGUAUUAUCUACUCCAGAACUCAUCGUCAUUAUUCUCUCCCAGCUUCCGCACUCCUCUCUGCUCAAGGCCAAAAGUGUCAAUAGAACAUGGGCAGGCCUCUUCGGACAUAUCGAGAUCCAAGCUGCGUUGUUUUUGCGUCCCAGACCUGAAGGAUCAGCUUCCUAUGUCCAAACACAAUCAGAUAUAUUGACGGAUAAGUUCUCCACAUUUUGGCCGAUCAAAGGAAAAGAUAACGCAGUGUUUCACAAAAGCGCUAAGGUAGAAACUCCAUAUCCCGAGGAGUGGAAUGAAAUAUCUGUUGGUGCAUCGAAUAUUCAUGACCCACCAAAAGCACAUUCGCAAAGUACGUCAACGAUCCAGCAACCGCAGAUUCGAGAACGGAGCGAUAAGUUACCGUCGUGGCAGCAGUGGCGACAACUUCUAGUUUGCCAACCACCUAUCGAAGCUCUGGAGCUUAUUCAACAGGUUUGCCGGCGCUCAGGCGACACUUUGGAAUUUCGGAGCGUCAUUCUUCGUCCCGAUGGUUUGCGGAUGGGAUUUCUGUAUGAUGCCGUUAGACAUUGGCAUGAAGUUGAGUGCAGCCCUGUAGAGCUGCUAUGGAACAGGAAAACUGGCGAUCUUACCGAUGAGAAACGAAUUUACGUAGACUGUCCUAGCUUCAAAGUGAGUGAAGACAAGUCGUGCUUGACGAUUUGGGGACAAACAAGCGUGGGUUGUGGACAGUACGGGGGGCUCACGUAUGCAAAUCGGUCCAACCCAACAAUCCAGAAUAUAAGAAGUGGCAACGAAGAGGUAGAAUAUCGCAUGUCGGAACCCAGGGAAAUAAGCUACGAUGUAGGCUUGCUUUACGCGGCUUUACAGCGUAGAUUGAACAAUCAAGUGCAGCAGGAGGACCAAGAGGAUCAAGAUGAGGAAGAAGAGAUAGACUACGAGGAGUAG